ACAGAGAUACAGUCAAAUCUUGGGUGAGCUCCCGAGGCUACUUGAUCUAUUCCUGUGUGUACAGGGCCGUGCUUUUGCCGGGGGACAGAUUGUGUCGUCCACGAGCUCCUCGCCCCAAAGAUUUUGCGGUGGCAAGCUCAGGCGAGGUGAUCACAACUCUGACCUUGCGCAACCUUUGCCAGAGAAGAAGAGCUUCGCUCAAACAGUUGGGGUUCAUUUCCAUGCAACGUACCCAAAUCCCAUGCCAGAUGUCUCAAGCGGAUCUUAGGACCUGUCGUCGGCCCCGACGACCGCUCCUCGACACCGACUGAGCUGCGAUCUGCAUCCCACUCUUGCUCCUCCUUGGACUCGGUGUGGAGGUGAUACAUACAACAAAGGCCAAGACACCAGAGAACGCAGUCUCUGACAGUCGGAUGUGUCGGCACCAACUCCUUCUACCUCUGGCACACAAGGAGGGACGCGACGUCUUCAGAGGGGGGUGCAAUUGACGAUUCUCUGGCCUUUUCAUGGAGUAGCCAUGGCGCAUUGACAGCAAAGAAGACCGAGCAGACAGCACUCCUUGCUGAUAUAUGUGAUGAGAAGCAGAUGUGCCUUGAGAGACUCCCGUGCUGUCCACCAAAGGAUCGCCGGAUGCCAAGCUGGCCAAACCCCAUUCCUCUCCGCCCCCAUUCUGUGCUUUUCGACCCCAGAUCUCAAAGCUCCAACCCGCAGACCUCCAAUUCUGGUCCGCUCAGUGUCAAUGCAGGCAUAGCGGAGCACGUCCAAGCAGCCCCGCCAGUAAGAACGGUUGGGCUGCUUGCUGUCCACUGAGGUCGGGCUGGAAUAUGAGCGGCAUUUACCUACAGGCUGGCAUUUGCGCCGAGGAUGGCAGAGUCUUGCUGGCUCUGCCACUUCUUACUUGCCGAUGGCGACUCCAUUGAUGCGUCUCACCACCCUGGAAGCCUCCUCCUCCACAUUGUGCCCCACGACCUGAGGAGCCCCAUCUUUACCUAAGCGCAAAAGACGGUUUUCGACCAUCUUCGAAGGGAGAUGAUUCUUGAUUCUCGCGCAGAGAAAGGUAUCUGUACAGAGCAUAUUACCCAAGUGAGUCGUAACUUGAGCUCUCGAUAAGGUCCUCCACCAAGCAGAACAGACGCCCAAUUACCCUCAACUCGCCCGCUGCAUUCAACACCUCACUACCACGGACCGAGAUCAGGGGCAAAAUGGGCAGCUACGCUGAGGAGCCAGAAUUCAAGACCAUCACCAUCCAAAAACUUCACCCUACAUUCGCGGCUGAGGUCGAGGGCGUCGAUUUUCAAAAUUUAUCCGAUGAACAAUUCAACGAGAUUCUCGCCGCCAUGGCAAAGGUACCAACGCCCCUAUUUCUGAGCCUUGCUGGCCCUUCCUCGUCAAUCUGUCGCACAGUUGAAACAGCGAUGCUUUGUAAUUUGGCGCUUACUCGUCCUUUUUAUGCUUUAGUAUGGUGUUUGUAUCUUCCGCAACACUGGAUUAGACGAUGCCAGCCACAUCGAAUUCUCCAGACGUAUUGGUGAUCUUGACACUAUGAAGCGUUAUAUGGUUGAUGGCCGCAGACCAAGGUACCGCUACUACGAAUUGUUCGACGCUGGGAAUAUCGAUGAUCAAGGUGGUGUUCUUGACCCCAAUAGCCCAAGAGCACACUAUGGCAAGGGCAAUGCUCUCUUUCAUGUCGACUCCUCAUUCAACCCUAGGCGCGCAAGUUUCUCACUGCUACGUGCGGUAGAAAUCCCCCCUCCGGGAAAUGGCGGGAACACUGACUUCGCCGACUCGCGCACCGCUUGGGACGAGCUGGAUCCGGAAUUUCAAAAGGAACUCCUGGAGAAAGAUUAUGUUGUUCACCAUUCGAUCGCGCAGUCUCGCAAAUUAGGAUCCCCAGAAUUCUUCAAAGACCUUGAUCCGACCAACGGAGGUGUUAUGGCUCGGCAUCGACUCAUCCAGGUACACGAGCCCAGCGGUCGCAGGAAUAUCUACAUUGCAGCACACUCCCACCACAUAGAAGGCAUUCCCAAGGAGGAAUCCGACGCGCUGAUCAAGAAACUCCUCGACCACAUCACCCAGAAGAAGUACACGACUAGCGUUGAGUGGAAGAAUCCAUCGGAUAUGAUUAUCUGGGACAACCGGUGCACGCUCCACAGAGCCAAUGGGGGAGCGUUCGAAGGCAAAUACAAGCGAGAUUUGAGACGAACGACAGUGCACGACGACAGCAGCACAGCUUGGGGGUUGAACGAGGUUGAAGACACGGAGAACUGGGUCGUGAACCACGAUGCCACUAGGGCAGCUGGACAGACGAAAUAAGGUCUUGGGCAGUAUGGAAUAGUGCAUCGAAGUAAAGCUGUCGUUAUUCAGCUUGUCCAUUCGAUCUCGUGCAUAUACGGGAGCUUUGUCCAACGCGCUUCAAUACGAUAAAUUUGCACGCUGUACGGACAAACAAGCUC